GCGAAGACAUAAAUGCUGCCAGUGUGCAAAUAUGCACAAUUAGAUCAUUCUGUGUCAUAAAGCAUCAGGCCGCCACAUGGGGCCUGAUCAGGCUGACAAAAAAAAAGAUAAAACACAGGCAGCCACUUCUCUUGUGACAUAACAGGAAAUUUCUCUACGCGCCUAACAGCUUCCUCCGCCUCCAUUUUCCCGCACCACGUGGAGAGACGAUUUUGAACAAGAACCAGCUUGCAUGUUUUAACUUGUGUACUAUUACUUUAGUUUGUUUACUGAAGACAUUCAUCCGACUGAUGCUUAUAAGAAAGGAGCUUUGGAGAGUCUUUCAAGAACAAGCUCACACGUAAACAUUAGAAGAACCUAAAUGCUGAACUAAAUUGGACAAGGAUUCAUACAAAACAAAGAAAACUAGCCUUCUUCCUGAUCCCCGGGCCAUUUGAGAGUUUGAAGAGGAUUCUUUCAGUCGAGCACAAGCAAAUCAACCAAGAAUGGAGCUUCAGAAGAUAAACGGACACAGCAGAGAUGAUGGGUUUGAUGGCGUCGAGGCAAUGGAACAUGACGAGUUUCUCCCUCAUAAAACCGGAGCAAAGAAAGAAAUCCACUUUACGGACUUCGAGGGAAAGACUUCGUUUGGCAUGUCCGUCUUCAACCUCAGCAACGCCAUAAUGGGCAGUGGAAUUCUGGGAUUGGCUUUUGCGAUGUCCAACACCGGAAUCAUUCUAUUUCUAAUCCUGUUAGUGUGCAUUGCUAUUCUGUCUGCGUAUUCAAUUCAUCUCCUGCUGAAAUGUGCUGGAGUUGUCGGCAUACGGGCUUACGAGCAGCUCGGGAAUCGGGCUUUUGGAAACCCAGGGAAAGUCCUGGCAGCCUGCAUCAUUACAGUACACAAUAUCGGAGCAAUGUCUAGCUACCUCUUCAUCGUAAAGUCAGAGCUUCCACUGGUUAUUCAAGCUUUCCUGGGUAAACAUGAAAACACAGGAGAGUGGUUCUUGGAGGGAAACUACUUGAUCAUCAUUGUUAGUCUUGCCAUCAUCCUUCCUCUAGCACUCAUGAAACAACUUGGUUAUCUUGGCUAUACAAGUGGCUUCUCCCUCUCCUGCAUGGUGUUCUUCCUCAUUUCGGUUAUAUACAAGAAAUUCAACAUCAGCUGUCCAAUACAAGAAGAGGACCAUCAUAACCUCACUCUUAAUAAAACAGCACCAGAAGACUUCUGUGAGGCCAAGUUCUUCACCGUCAACUCACAGACGGCAUACACCAUCCCAAUCUUGGCAUUCGCUUUUGUCUGCCACCCAGAGGUUCUACCAAUCUACACUGAACUACGAAACGCCACCAAGAAGCGCAUGCAGACUGUGGCCAACAUCUCCAUCCUGGCCAUGUUUGCCAUGUACCUGCUGACGGCUCUUUUUGGUUACCUCACCUUUUAUGGCAAUGUGGAGCCAGAGCUGUUACACACCUACAGCCGUGUGGACCCUCUGGAUGUCCUGGUUCUCUGUGUGCGUCUGGCUGUCCUGGUUGCUGUCACUCUGACUGUCCCGGUGGUCCUCUUCCCGAUUCGUAGGGCCGUGCUUCAGAUCUUGUUCCCUGACAAGCCUUUCCACUGGGGCAGACACAUCGCCAUUGCAUUUUGCCUCCUCUUCACGGUCAACGUGCUUGUUAUUUCCGUGCCCUCCAUCCGCGACAUCUUCGGCAUCAUCGGAGCCACAUCUGCGCCGAGCCUCAUUUUCAUCCUACCCGGCAUCUUCUAUGUUCGGAUUGUUCCUGAAGACCAGGAGCCUUUACGGUCAAGACCAAAGAUUCAGGCUGCAUGCUUUGCUGUAUUGGGAUUCAUCUUUAUGAUCAUGAGUAUAUCAUUUAUCAUCACUGACUGGGUGACUGGUGAAUCCCGGAGUGGGGGAGGGCACUAGUUGCCAUGACGGAAUAGAGGUACUACCAACUAUCAGCCAAAGCUCGCCCUCUCGUUAAAUUACCCCGACCUGCAGAGUUCGCAUCCAAAGCCAAACAGGAAUGUUUGGCUGAAAAAGACGAAGGAUAGGAGAAGAACCUUUGCCAGCACUCAAAAAUAAAAAGAAGGUGGUUUGACAUGUGACGGGCCAAACCAAACGAUCCGCAGUGACGACGAGAACAUCGAUGAGUGAGAAUGCAAAGUAAUGUGCUCUGUCUGAAUAAACCCUGACACGGCCCAGAGUGAGGAUGUUGUUUGGGGUCAUGUGUAGAAUGGCAGCAAAAUAAUUAAAGGGAACAGCAUGACUAAAAUGGAAAUCCCAUUUUAGACAAUGGAUGUGUACAGUUCCCUGGAAUAGCUCAGUCACUGCCAACAUCCUUCCAAUCUACUUCCCUACCUUCUUAGAUUUUACAGGACCUCAAUUUGAUAGUAUUGUCAGACAAUCAGUUUGUUUUUCCCACCUAUGUUUACCAAACGGAACCAGCCAUUUCUUUAUUUAACUGCUGCGUUAGUUUUAAAACUGGCAAACUUGACCAUGCAGUCGUAUUUAUUUAGACAUCUGUUAAAUUCAGCCCCAGGCACCCGGUGAGGGUUGACUUGCAGUAACACACAAACAUUUCCCUUCAUUUCGCCAGUGAUAUUUACAUUAGGUUUAAUCAUGUGUUUAAUGUGGCAUUAAAAUUACUUAAAAAGGCAGUUACCUUCAAAGCCACGUCGGCAGUGGCCGCUGAUCCAACAAAUACGAUACACUUUAUCGCUACUGUUCAUGAAGGUUAAGCAGAGAGUUACUGACAACAGUGUGUGUGAACAGACACAGAGAAGAGAUUUGUAGAAACACAGAAAAGAAACAAAGAUUUUAUCUAACUUGAAGCCACAGCUGCAAACCAAAUAAUGUAUUUAUUGUGUGUCACACUAAGAGACAGACAUUAUUUUUUAAUGUUUUUUUUUUUUUUUUUUUAUCGUGCUCAACAAAAGAUAAUUAAAAAUUGUAACACACAGUGUUGGAAAUGCUCAUCAUUCCCAGAGACUAUAAACUAUAGUAGGCUAAAUAAAGACCUAUAGGGUCUAAGUUAAAAUGACUUCACUUUUUUUUUUUUUAUUUGUCAAAACAUUCUGUUCAUUUUGUUAUGAAUCCUGUACAUUUAUAAAUUAACUGAAUAUAUCUGUUAAUAAAAUAUGUCUUUCAUUUGUA